AUGGCGCCGCGGGAGGCAGUGCGUAUCAUUGACGUUAGGCGUCCCAAGGUCGCUGCCAGCACUCUGACGCAACCAGCAGGCUGUUCCUUUGAUUCGUCCGUCCCCCUCCUCCCCCCCACCCGGGCUAAUCCGGGUAAGGAGCCUUCCUCCCUCGGCUCUGCUGAUCUCCCUAUCUCCGAGAAGCGUGUAAGAUGGAGGUCGCAAAUCAGGAGGUGUGCACUGGAGAGGUCAGAGUAUUCAAAGAGCCCCUCGGGUUAUCAGCCCCUCGGGUUUAUCAAGGUGUUACAAUGGGUGUUUUCCAUCUUUGCGUUCGCUACAUGUGGCAGCUACUCGGGAGAGUUCCAGAUGAGCGUCGACUGCAAGAACAAGACUGAGAGUGACCUGAACAUCCGGGUGGAGUUCGAAUAUCCCUUCAGGUGCAACCAGGUGUACUUCGACGCUCCGACCUGCAGGGGGCCGGAGGAGCGCCUCUUCCUGGUGGGGGAUUACUCCUCCUCUGCCCAGUUCACCCUCACCUUCACUGUGUUCAACUUCCUCUACUCCCUCACUCCAAACCUCACCUACGUCUUCCUCCAGGCCAAGUACCGAGAGAACAACAAGGGGCCCAUCAUCGACUUUGUGGUGACCGCGGUGUUUGCGUUCCUGUGGCUGGUCAGCUCGUCCGCCUGGGCGAAGGGUCUGUCUGACGUGAAGACCGCCACGGACCCCGAGCGCGUGAUGACCCUGAUCAAAGCGUGCCAGAUCGAGGGCAACAAGUGCAGCGAGAAACAGGACCCCGUCAUGUCGGGACUCAACACCUCAGUGGUAAAAAGAGACUCACUGAGACACUCUGAGAGACACAGAGAGACACUGAGAGACACAGAGACACACUCUCUCCUCACACUACUCUAUCUGGACCUGUGGGUGAGAAGUGGUGGGAGAGGUUUAAACCUGUGGUUUGUGUUCAAGGAGACAGGCUGGAUCGCCCCCUUCAUGCGCCACCCUCCCCCUUCCCAGGAGAAGCAGCCGGGCCCCGAGAGCUUUGGGGCCCCGGGCUACAUGCAGGAACCCCAGGGGUACGGCCAGCCAGACCCCUACUCCCAGGGGGGCUACCAGCCAGACUACGGGCAGCAGGAGGGGUACGGCCAGCAGGGGGGGUACAACCAAGGAGGGGAGUACAACCAGCAGGGGGCGCCCACCUCAUUCGCCAACCAGAUGUGAGCAGAGAGAGGAGGAGGAGGAGGAGGAGAGGCUGGUAAGCAGCGUUGGUUGGAAUGACUGUGGAAAGGGUAGGGGGGGGUUAAAUAGAAGGGAAGAAGAUGCUAAUCAGGGCUUUGAAGAGGUCGCCCAGUCUGUGAAUCUCCACGUGCUGUCAAGUGAGCCCUUUAUAGAAGAGAUAACAGCAAACCAAAAUUGAAAUACAUAAUAAGAAUACGAAUCAGAGUGUGGGGAUGGGGUGUAGCUGUCUAGUGUGUGUAAAUAUUAUUACAAAGACAGCGAAAUUAAAAGUAUACAUCAUAUAUAUAUAUAUGUGUGUGUGUGUGUGUGUGUGUGUGUGUGUGUGUGUGUGUGUGUUUGGAGUCGUUAGAUUAUAUUUCAAUUUUAAAUUCAAACUACGGUGAUAUUAAUAGCAUUGAUUAAUAAUGAAUAAAUAAAUGUGUGUUCCAUUAGAAGUGUGUUCCAGGAGAGAGUUACUGAGUUUGUGAAAGGUGAGCUGUUUGACUCUGUUAAUUGCAGGACUUUACACUUGAAAAAAGUUGAAUUCUUUUAAAAAAAAAAAAAAAACAAACAAAAAAAACAACAACAAAUUAUUGAGUGGAUGAAAAAAAUGACGCAGAAUUCUAUUAUAUUAUUGAUUCAUUUAUUGAUGUUACUUAUUUGUAUUAAUUCUUUUUUUAUUUAUUUUUUUGGCGCAAAAUCAUGUAUCAGGCUUUAUUACUAAAUAUAUUUUAGUUUUAACCUUGUGUGUGCAACACGCACACACACACGCACACACACACACACACACACA